AUGAUCUCGUCAAGAAAAUAUAAACGAUGUGGUUCAGGAGCUGCAUUGUUCAUUGCCUAUAUCUUCUUCUUCUUGAUCUCUCUCAUGUCUUUACACUACGUAUCUGCAGGUGAUGAUCAUAAACAAAAAGAGAAGGAACCGGUUCGGGGUUCAGAGCCUCCCGAGUGUGCGAACAAGUGCCUGAACUGCAAGCCUUGUCUUCCUUAUCUAUUUGGCAUUCAUGAUCAUGGUGCUCAUCAUGAUGAUGAUGAUAACAUAUUAUCCCGUAAGGUGGGUGUGUAGAUGUAGCGACAGAGUAUUUGAACCGUGAGAAUAGUUUCAAGA